GUAUACCCGAACUCCUAUACCUUGUCCGAAAUAAGGAAAUAGCGGAUCUCUGUAAAAGGUUGAUCAAAUCAAAAUUGCUGGAACAUCAUCAAGUAGACUUAUAUUAUGGAAAUAACUAUGAAAGUUACAAGGAAUGUCCAGAUAGAAUGAAACAAACACUCAUCAAUAGGAUAAGGUGGUCUUGCCCAAGUUACACAAGUAAACAAGGUUUGAGUGAAGCAUCAAGGAAAUCUUUUUGGUUUCACAUACCAGGAGUUUCUAACAUGAACCACCCUCGAAGUUAUAAACUUACCAAAAAUGGAGACACGGAAGAGUUCAUAAAGGAUUUCAAUCUGACAGCGGCCAUGUCUCUUUUGAAAUGGGUAAAAACAAAUCACACGACGGGCCAGUGCAAAAUUUUGAGCCCUUACGGAAAAAUUCCUCUGACUGUGUUCGAUUUCGCAAUAAACGAGUGCUAUAAGUUUAUCAAGAAAAAGAACCAUGAAGAUAUCGAUCACGACAUAAAUGAAGCGAUGUCCAGGGAAUGGAACGACUUCUUGGAACACUAUUACAGAACCGUCCAUAUAGGAAACCACUUCAAGCUAACCGGUGAUGUAACAGAGAACGAUUUAGUGAGGAAAGCAUCCUUUAUCUUGGAAAGGCUGAAAGAUCAUUGGCCCUAUCUGGAGAUGGAUGGACUGAUGAACCUUUGGAUCCUGAAACCGACAAACAGUAGCCAAGGUGUUGGCAUUCACAUGUGUCGUACUCUGAAAUAUGUUUUGGACGUGGUCAAAGCUAAUCCAAAUAGGAGAUACGUCAUACAGAAAUAUGUUGAGCGUCCACUGUUGAUUUAUAACACGAAAUUUGAUAUCAGACAAUGGUUUUUAAUAAGCAGCUGUGUUCCACUGACAAUAUGGAUUUAUAGGCAAUGCUAUUUAAGGUUCAGUUCACAGACGUAUAAUCUGAGAAAGUUGCAUGAAUCUAUACAUCUAACGAACAAUUCGGUUCAAUCCAGAUACAAAAAAGCUUCAACGGAUAUAAUAUUACCUUCCUACAAUAUGUGGGAUUCUUCUCAGUUCAAAAACUACUUAUCCAAUGUUGGAUAUCCGCAAGCAUUUGAUGACAUCAUCUACCCAGGUAUGAAGGAGAGCAUCACUGCAGCCGUCCUAAUGCAUCAGGAAUCAUUUGAUCAAAGACGGAACACGUUCGAAUUAUUCGGAGCUGAUUUUAUCGUAACUGAAGAUUUCAAACCGUGGUUGUUGGAGAUCAACUCGAAUCCGGCAUUGCAUGCGUCUACUCCGAUCACUGCUCGAAUGUGUCCGUUAGUUUUAGAAGAUGUUAUAAGAGUUGUUAUUGAUCAUCAAAGAGACGGAAAGAAAAACACAGGAGGAUUUGAACUGCUUUAUCAACAGCAAACAGUCUCUUUAUGCAAAACCGGUCCACUACAAGUUGAAGGAACGCAUCUUAAAGAAGAUUACUUUUCUGAUCCGCCUACAGUUUCAGAGAAAAACAGCACAAAAGUACAAACCAGCGAUAAAUUAGAACCUGUAACGUGCAUCAGAGAAUUGGGGAUCGGCAUGAGAAACACACUAGAGAACUUGCUGACCAUUUUGAAACAGGAAAAACUCAAGCGACUCAAACGGAGGAACAUAAGCAUCGAAACUUUAUUAUCAAACACAAGUAUUCAAACGCAAACAUCAUUGGUUAAUAAUAAAAUAAAAACCUGAACAUAUACA